AUGGACUUGGAUCAUGCCUUGAAGUAUGAAAAGCCUUUGAGACUAGAUGAUGGCUUAGAUAAUAAGAAGCCAAAAGAAAGAUAUGAAUUAUGGGAGCGGAAUAACCGUUUAUCUCUUCUGCUUAUACAACAAAAGAUUACUAGAAGCAUUCGAGGAGCAAUCCCUAAAUGCGAGACGGCCAAAGAAUACCUGGAAGCUUUGGAUAAGCAGUUCAAUCCAAUGGAGAUGUGUGGUUCCAUUAUGCUUGAAUUAUGUGUUAUUAGGCUUAUAAGUAUUGGUGGUGUGAGGCAACAUAUAAUAAAAAUGAGAGACCUAGCCUCUCAAUUGAAAUCCUUCGAAAUGGAACCUACCGAGCAAUUCCUAGUGCAAUUGAUCUUGAACUCACUUCUUGCUCAAUAUGAAGCUUUCAAGGUCUCGUACAACACGCAUAAUGAGAAAUGGUUAGUGGAUGAACUACUGUUCAUGUGUGUUCAAGAAGAGAGUAGAUUGCUGAUAAGUGUACUAAAAGAAGUGUCAUUGAUGAGAAUUCUGUUAGCUUGUGGCAUAGGAGGUUGGGACAUAUCUCCGUUGAAAGAAUCAGAAGUUUAA